AACUUCUAACCCCCAAUUUAAUUUCUUGACCACGAAACCACAGUUAAAAUUUGGUUUAGAGAAAAACUUAACUUUGCUCAAAUAGUGGGCUCUUGUUACUGAGGCCCAUAACGAGACGACGUCGUUGUUGCAAUCGACCUAUCUGGAUCGGUAAGAAAAUUGUGCAAGUCGUUUUCAUUCACCAAAGCGAAGCUUUAUUCGCUUGUUUGAGCGACGACGAGUGGAAAAAAAUGGAGGAAGAAGAGCACGAGGUUUACGGCGGAGAAAUCCCUGAAGUCGACGAGACGGAUGUUCCCGAUCCGGAUAUCGAUAUGUCUGCCGCUGCCGAUGAUGACGCCGUUACGGAGCUUGCUGAGAUGAAGAAGAGAUUGAAGGAGAUGGAGGAAGAAGCUGCUGCGCUACGCGAGAUGCAAGCAAAAGUCGAAAAAGAAAUGGGAGCUACUCAAGAUCCUGCUAGUAUGGCUGCAAAUCAAGAAGGAAAGGAGGAGGUGGAUGCUCGAUCAGUUUAUGUUGGCAAUGUCGAUUAUGCCUGUACACCUGAAGAAGUGCAACUACAUUUCCAAACAUGCGGAACAGUCAACCGUGUAACCAUUCUAAUGGACAAGUUUGGACAGCCAAAGGGAUUUGCUUAUGUGGAGUUUGUAGAAGUCGAAGCCGUGCAAGAAGCUCUGCAACUGAAUGAAUCAGAGCUACAUGGUCGGCAACUGAAGGUCUCACCUAAGCGAACCAAUGUUCCUGGAAUGAAACAGUAUCAUCCUGGUCGUUUCAACCCUUCAAUGGGAUACCGCUUUCGCAGACCCUUUGUGCCUCCUUAUUUUUAUUCCCCAUAUGGAUACGGGAAGGCUCCUAGGUUCAGAAGGCCAAUGCGGUACAUGCCUUACCAAUAGAAACCGUUCCACUAGAAUAAGAACCAAAGAAGAAUAUCGAUGACAGAGAUGAUGCCUAGAGAAUAGAGGUCGUCACUCGUCCCUAUAUUUCCAGCUUUAUUUAUGAAUAUGACUUUGCUUUCUUUUUUGCACCUGAACUUCCUUCUGAAUGGGUCAUGUACGGAUGAGAUUAUAAGCUUUUGUUUCCUUAGAUAUGAUUAUGUGGUCGAUUUACUUUCAGUUUAUAUCUUUGUUAUUGCUUACUUUCAUCCAAAGCUGGCUAAAUAAGUAAACCGAAGAAUCGUCC